CCGAAACUUGGCCCAAUCAGAAGCUUCACUUCACCAUCUACUAACACACGUUUACUUCAGAGGAUCCGACUCCGUCGGCAGAGACAAUAAGACGGUAACCUAACGGUCGAAAAUUCAAAAUAUCGUCCACCAAUACCUCCCUAAAUUCGAUCGUCUUCUUCACUCUCUUCCUCCCCCCCUCUCUCCUCUCUCUCUGUAAGAUCCCUACUCUCCCUCUACUUCUCUUGGCAGCCAGAGAGAAAGAGAACCAUCUUCAUCUCUCUCAUCAAUUCUCACCACAAAAUCCAAAAAAGAAAAAAAAAAGAAAAAAAAAGUUUCAAAGAUGUUGCAGGACAUGUGGAAUGCUCCCCCUGGUUUCAGAUCAAAAAAAUCUGCACCUUCGUCUCCAGGCAAGCCUCUCGCGGUCUCCAGAACUCGCUCUGGCUCCUUGCAUAUCACCCACAAAGUCCCAGUCGGUGACACACCUUAUGCCAGAGCCAAAAAUGUUCAGUUGGUAGAUAAGGAUCCGGAAAAGGCAAUACCGCGGUUCUGGGCAGCGACUAAUGCCGGAGAUAGAGUGGAUAGUGCUCUGAAAGAUAUGGCUAUUGUAAUGAAGCAACAAAACGGGGCUGAAGAAGCCAAUGAUAAAAAUAAUUUUUACUAUAAUCGUCGCUAAAAAUAAUUUUUUGUGACGAUUUUUUA